AUGUCCCGCGUGCCCGUGGGGAAGGUGCUGCUGCGGAACGUGAUCCGGCACACGGGAGCGCACAACAAGAUUCAGGAAGAGACAGAGAUGUGGAAAAUAAGGGAGUGGGAGAAGCAGACAGAGGAGACUUAUUGGAGGAGGCAAAGCAGGAUGUUGUCAGACACCUCCAGUCGGAUGCGCAGCGAUGGCUUCGACGAGGAGGGACACAGAGCUGACUGGAAGACAAGGAACUCCCAGUUUCUUGACCUGGUGGAGGAUGAUCUCCUCAGGGCUCGUUCCUGGAACAAGAAGCUGUAUGAAUGUGAAGCCAACAUGCCAGACAGGUGGGGACACAGUGGCUAUAAAGAGCUGUACCCUGAAGAAUUUGAUACAGACAGUGACCAGCACGAGGGAGAUGAACCAAACACCAUCAACGGGAGGAAGAAAUCGCAGUUGGGGAAACAAAGUGCUCGGGAUUCACACAAGAGGAAAAAAGCCAAGAAAUCACACAAGAAGAAGCAGAAAAAGCACUCCCACAAGAAGAGGAAGAAAAAGAAAAAGGAGCAGGGCAGAAGCUCCUCAGACUCCUCCCGGGACAGUGAGUGCUCAGAGCCUUCCAGCGCCCGCAAAGGGAAACACAAGCGCAAGAAAAAGACCAGGAAAGUGCCUGCCAAGGAACCUACCUCUUCUUCUGGGCAGGAGAGUGACUCUUCUCAUGCAAGCAGCUCAAGCACCAGCAGCUCUGAGGACAGUGAGUCUGAAGAGAAGAAGGAGAGGCGGCCAAGGAAGAGGAAGAGACGUCCCAGCUCCGUGUCAGAGAGGCAGAGCCAAGUGCCAGAGAAGAGGAGCAAGAGGAAGAACUGGAAAGUGGCUGGGGAUGAGAAAUCUGAGGAUAGCUCAGAUGAGGACUGA